AUGGGGAAUUUGAAGUUUAUUGAAGAUUUUCCUUGUGUGUUUGCUAAUUUCCAGCCAUAUCGGAAUUCUGAUCAUAGUCCAAUGAUUGUUAAAUUCCCUUUGAAAAAGAAAUUUAAAGUCAGGCCGUUUAAAUUCGUAAAUGCUAUUGCUUUGAGGGAUGAUUUUCUUCCUACAGUUGCUAGAUGUUGGAGUACUCAAGUGGAUGGUUUUGAUAUGUUUCGAUUAUGUCAGAAAUUGAAAAUUUUAAAGAAACCUCUUCGUAAGUUAAUGGUGACUCAAGGAAAUUAUGGGGAAAAUGUUCAAAAAUGUCGUGAAGAGUUAGAUAGAGUUCAAAUGGAGCUUGAUGGUGAUCCGUUUAAUGAAGAGAUUCAAAGUGUUGAAGGAAUUUAUUUACAUGCAUUCCUUAAAGCUAGAGAAGAAGAGGAAAGUUAUUUGAAGCAAAGGGCUAAAGUGCAAUGGUUAAAAGAGGGGGAUUGUAACUCGGCGUAUUUUCACAAGGUGGUUAAAGGGAAGAUAAAUCGGCAUAGAAUUGAAACAAUCAUGGAUGGGUUUGGGAAUUGGUGGGAAGGAGAUGAGGCAUGCAAAAAAGUUGUGGAAUACUUUAGUGAUUUUCUUGGGUCUGAGCAUUCUGUUACUUCCAUUAGAGACCCUGUUAGCCUUUUUGUGAAUAAAGUUGAUCAUUAUCAAGCUUUGGAUAUGAUUAAGGAGAUUUCGGAUGAAGAAAUAAGAGUUGCUUUAUUUGAUAUUGGAGAUGAUAAAGCUCCAGGUCCAGAUGGGUACUCUUCUAAGUUUUUCAAAUCUGCUUGGGCCAUUGUGGGUGAAGAUUUUUGCAAAGCUGUGAAGGAGUUUUUCAGCAAAAAGAUUAUUCUAAAGGAGAUUAAUGCUACGGUGAUAGCUCUCGUUCCUAAAGUGCAAACUCCGGGCAAAGUUGGAGACUAUAGGCCAAUUUCCUGCUGUAAUGUGGUCUAUAAAUGUAUCAGUAAAAUAACUGUGAAUCGAAUUUGUGACAUUCUUGGGUUGUUGGUUUCUGAUAACCAAUCUGCUUUUAUUCCUGGGAGAUCAAUUCUUGAUAAUAUUCUUCUUUCCCAAGAGCUUGUUCGUGGAUAUCAUGUUAAAAGAGGUUAUGCUCGCUGUGCGUUGAAGGUUGAUAUCCAUAAAGCUUAUGAUACUGUGAAUUGGAAUUUUCUUCGUGCUAUUCUAGAAGCUUUUGGGUUUCAUGACACUAUGAUUGCUUGGAUCAUGAAUUGUGUGACCACCUCUUCUUUCAUGAUUAAUAUUAAUGGAAAUUUUAAUGGUUUUUUUAAAGGGAAGAGAGGUUUGAGACAAGGUUGCCCUUUAUCGCCUUAUCUUUUCACUCUUGUGAUGGAAGUUUUUAAUCUCAUGCUUAAAAGAUGUAUCAGGGAGAAUGAAGGAUUUAAGUAUCAUUGGCGUUGUAGAGCUCAGGAAAUUACCCAUCUUUGCUUUGCUGAUGAUUUGAUGUGGUUUUGUCAUGGUAAUUCUAGCUCUGUUAGAAUUAUUAAAAAAGCCAUGGAUGAGUUUGCUGGAACUGCUGGGCUUAUUCCUAAUUUGUCUAAGAGUCACAUAUUUUUUGGUAAUGUUAAGGAGCCAUUCAAAAGUGCUAUAUUCGAUAUUCUUCCUUUUAUUGAAGGAAAAAUUCCAAUGAAAUACUUGGGCAUUCCGUUAAUAUCUACCAGAUUGUUCAACAGGGACUGCAAGAAUCUUAUUGAAAAAGUGAAGCUUAAGGUCAAUGACUGGAAGAAUAAAUCCUUGUCUUAUGCUGGAAGGCUCCAGCUAAUUAGUUCUGUUCUUGCUUCCUUUCCUGUGUAUUGGGCUUCUGUGUUGCUGUUACCUAAAGCCAUUACUUUUAAGAUUGAGAAAAUCAUGAGAAAUUUCCUUUGGAAUAGUGGUGAGAAUAGGAAGGGAGUGGCUAAAGUUGCUUGGAAUGAGAUUUGUAAACCAAAGAUUUAUGGUGGUCUUGGCUAA